AUGUACCAGCCGAGGCCUGCAGCGGGAGUGGGGCGUGCGCGCCCUGCUGCUGCUGCUACCGCUGCUAGCAGCAGCAGCGGAGGCGGUAGCAGCUCUCUAGGUGCUUCUACUUCGCAUAGGCGAGGGUUCGGCGGGACGCCGGGGUCGUUAUCUAGGGGACUUCCUGGUGUUAACAGUAGUGCAGCUGCUGGCGUGGGGGCACAUGGGGUCCCUACAGGUUCUACUGGAGCGUCUCCGAGCCGCCCUAAGACCUUAGAUGCGCUAUUGGGUUCGAUGAUGCUGCGGGAGGGCCCUUCAAGCAGAAGCGCUCCAGCUUCUGCUGCUGAAGGGUCUGCUGGUACUGCACUUCCGCAGCACGGUAGCAGCGGAAUAGGAGUCCCGGGCGGCCUGCUGGCAGGCUUAGGGGGGGGCAGCUCACCUGUUGCAGCAGCAGCAAAAGUCGUUGCUGCUUCAGCAGCAGACAUUUCAGCAGCGAAGAGUAGUAGCCCUGCUACAGCUCCAACAAGGAGGCGCUGGGAUAUCCCUACAGCAACUGCCGGCGCAGCAGACGACAGCAGCAGCAGCAGCGGCAGAAGCCCAGUUGCUGCGGCGGGUGUAAAGGGGCCGCAACAGCAGCAGCGGCUGUCUCUGGGAAAGUCCUCCCCUUCGACGCUGCAGCAGACUGGGGGCCCUACACCCCACACCCUUGCUGCUGGUUUCUUUGCCCCCUCUUCUGCGCCUCCAAAGGAUGACACAGCAGCUUCUGUCUUCACGAGAAACCUGACGCAACAGCAGCAAGAUUCGCAGCGGCAGCAGCAGCAGCAGCAGCAGCCGCAGCAACAGCCACAGCAGCCGCAGUCUCAGCAGCAACAACAGCAACAGCGGCGGCUGACUUUGUGGGGACUGAAACGAGUAGGGGCAACGGCAGGAACUGGAGGAGCAGUCGCAGCAGCAACAGCACCAGCUUCAACAGGAGCAGCAACAGCAACGAGGGGUGACGACAGCACCAAAUGCUGCGUUGACACACCUGCUAUGGGGGCCACUUUAGGGUCGGUUUCUGUCUCUUCCUCUGCUCCCUCUUCCAAGGAUGCAGGAACAACGAUUACAGAGGGGGCUGCAGGACCCGACCAAGCAACACCAGCAGUGGCAGCAGCAGCAGAUGACGACGAGGAGCUUCCGCCGUCUCCAGCACGCCAAGAGCAUGUGUACUCACUGCAGAAAAUGCUGGCAGUUCAUCUGCUGCAGCGGGAAGCCGACGCAGCAGAGGUGAAGGCCGUGAGGGCCCUCCAUCGCCCCGACCACCCCGCUGCGUUCUUUGCUGCUUCUCUGGAGUCCCUGAAGCUGGCGCCCCACCAAAGACAAGGGGCUCGUGCACCACCUCCAGAGGGAAUGUCUGCAGCCGGCGAACGGUCCGCCUCAUAUGGACGGCCAGGACAGCAGGAGCAGGAGCAGCAGCAGCAAGGUUCGUGGAUGGUUCGUGGGGCAGCAGCUUCAGCAGAUGCUGCUACUGAGGCUGGCGAACAAUCCGAUACUUCUGGGGGCGGCCUCUCGCAGGGCCCUUCUCCGCUGCAGUUGCGCCUUGGCCGCACGGCUGCAGGCGCCGGUGACGGGGAAGGGAGCACGCAGCAACAGCAGCAGCAGCAGACGCGAGCGUCCUUCAGCCGACGUCUGUUUGGGGACUCCACUGAUUCUCAUGGGGGCCCCCAGUUGGGGGGGGCACCGCAGCCGCAGCAGCCCCUGGGUGCAGGAGGGUACGCAGGCGAUAGCGGGCGGAGGCUGUGGGGCCACAGUCUACAGCAGCAGCAGCAGCGUGGGGGUGGGGAUGGAGACAGCACUACAUCGUCCCGCGGCCACGACUUCAGCAACCGGUUCACGAGGUCUGAAGUGGGUCUGUUUGCUGCUGACUCUUUGGGGUCUCGCCCUUCUCAGGGGCCACCAGGGGCGCAGCGGGGGCUCCCCGGAUGGGGAACCUCAGCUGCAGGAGACGGGGCAGACACAAGCAUUAGCAGCACUUGCAGCAGCAGGCAGCAACACCAUGUGAGACACAGAGGAGAGGGUGACGCAUACUCGGAGGGCCCGUCACCAACUCCAGGGGUGCCGGCGCCGGGCUGUGGGGUGUGGGGCCGCACGGGUGUUACUGCAGCACGCAGUAGCCGAACCUCCUCGAGACGAGAGACUGCAGAGGACGGAGCGGCGACAGCUGCUGCCGCUGCCGCUGCUGCUGCUUCUACAGGAAGCACUGCAGCAAAACCUCAAAAACCAGACGAUAGCGCUUUCCAGCGACUAGGACUACAGCGCCAGUUUCCGCAGCAGCAACAGCACCAGCAAACAAAUGACCCAUCAGCAGCACCAACAGUAGCAGCAGGCGAUGGGGUUGUUGGAUCAGAAGCUCCUAGAGACCUCCCCAGGGAUACGGAAGCAAAAACAGCAGCAGCUGCUGGUGAGGCCGUUGGCUUGGAUGCAAUGGAGAAGCUUGCAGGCUUCCACAUCUCACAGCAGCAGCAGCAACCGCAACAGCAACAACAGCAACAGCAGCAGGAACAGCAGCAGCAGGAGCCUUUUGGCAUCAACUUUUCUGCCCUGUCUGCCGCUCUUUCCUCUUCUGUCAAAUCUUCGCAGAUGCAAGGAGUAGCGGACGCAGCACAAAGUUCUGCUGCAGGCGGAUCAGCGCUCCCGGUGCCUCGACGAGAGGAGAUUUGGGCUCAACCGGACGCCCGGCAGUUGUUGCUGCAGCAUGCAGAGCAACACCAGCAGCAGCAGCAAGAGGAGGAUGAGCAACAACAGCCCGUAGACCCCUUCUUCGCACAGCGCGAACGACCGGAUUUGCCUUCUGUCGCGGCCUUUUGGAAUGAAGAGCCAAUCAUAAGACGAAAGCCCCGGCAGCAGCAGCAACAGCAGCAGGAACAGCAUCAACAGGAACAAGAGCCUCAGCAGCAGCAGCACCAGCUACUGAUGUUGCAGCAACUAGGGGAUGGUUCUGCCCGUUCGUGGCCUAGUCUUGAAACGGAUCCAGAGCAGCGUUCGUUUACGGGCGCACCGGAGCAGCAGCAGCAGCGAGGGGCCUCACUGCCUCCAUGUAGCUUUUCGCGUGUGGAGUCCCUUUUAGAAAGAGGAGAACUGCCUGCGGAUCUUCAUCCCCUGCAGGAGCGAGCACUAGCAGCAGUAGGAGCAGGAGCAGUGGCGGCACCGGGCCCGGUUGCCUCAGCAGGAAGUAGCAACAGCAGAAAGGAUCUGGUGGGGGAUGCCAAUCUGACGUCCCUGCAGCGGCUGCUAAAUGGCGAAAUGACUGAAAAGCAGCUGCACGCCUUGGCAGCACAAGUACAUUCCGUGCGUUCCAGUGCCCCCGCUCGGGCUGCUGCAGCAGCAGCUCUUUCCCAGUUCAUGGCAGCUAACGCAGUGCAACAGCAGCAGCAGCAGCAACAACAGCAACAGCAGCAGCAGCAGCAGCAUCCAGUUGCGGACACACGGCUGCAGCUGCCGGGGCCUGGAGGCCUUGCUGCUGCGGCCGCUGCCGUUGCUGCUGCUGCAGUGCAGCAACAGCAGCAGCAACACGCAGACAAUCAGCAGGCAGAGGCAGGGUUGCAGGGGCCGUAUUCUUUGGCGCGGCUACGGCAACAGCAGGCCUUGCUAGAGCAACAGCAGCUGCAGCAGCCGCAGCAACUGCCUGCAUAUAAUGCCCCUCAGCGGCCGCCGAUCGCUCCCGGCCCCAUGGGAAACCGUGUAGACCUGUUUGCUGCUGCCUUGCAGCAGCAAGAGCAGCAACAGCAGCAGCGUGACAUCCACCGCAUGUUGGGGGGCCUGCCGGUUGGGGCACCUCAAGGACAGCAGGAGGUUGUGGGACCCCCGGUGGAGAGUUUGCAGCGAAUGAUGAUGGAUGCGGGUGUGCCGCUGAACAGCAGCAGCAACAGUAGCAGCAGCAGCAGCAUUUGGUACUACAAGGACCCGAGCGGGACCCAGCGGGGCCCCUUCAGCAGCAAAGAUAUGCACGGCUGGUGGCAGCGCAACUAUUUCGCUGAUAACCUCCUGAUGAAGUGGGACCCCCUGCUGCCGUGGCUUCCCUUUGGCCUCAUUUACCCUGCGGGGGGUCCUCAGCCCUUCACAGCGCUGCCGGACUUACAAGGGAUUCAGCAGCGGCUGCUACAGCAGCAGCAACAACAACAGCGCGAGCGACUCCUCCAACAGCGACACCAGCAGCAGCAACAGCAGCAGCAGCAACAGCAGCAGCAACAGCAGCAGCAAAGACGCCUACAUCAGCCCACACCAGCUGCAGCACCAGCGUCCGCAGGGCCCCCAAGCUUCCGUUUGUGGGAUCAGCAACCGCAUCCACUGGGUUGGGGGGGGGGCCACCGGGGGACCCUGGGUGUGACUGAGACGGAGGGAGGGGGUUUUGGGCUGGAGGAGCCUUCGGAGAGUCGUUCGUCUUCGGGUGUGUCUGGUGCUGCUGACGACAUGUCUGUGGCAGCAGCAACAGCACAGACUGCUGUUGCCGCUGCUGCUGCUGCCGUCGGCGCAGAUGACGCGGCCGCAUGGGAAGUGUGGAUGCGACGGGCGGGUCUGUCUUUGCCGCAUCAGCAGCCGCAGCAACAGCAGCAGCUUCGCGUUGGUGCAGCUGCAGGGGAUAUGGGUCAUUUUGGUGCUCUUCACGCACAAGAACAGCCACAGCAGCAAAAGCAGCAGCAGCAGAUGUUCAUGCUACAGCAGCAGACAGCGGAUGCGAUGCAUCGCCCGUCUCUCGGGGGACCCGCCGAUGACCAGCAUCAGCAGCAUCAGCAGCAUCAGCAGCUUCAGCAGCAUCAGCAGCAUCAGCAACAGAAGCAGCUUCAGGAACAGCAACAUGAGCAGCAGCAUCAACAGCAGCAGCAGCAGCAAGGGCUUGUGGUCGGACGUGCAGCGCAGAUGACUUCAACCCUCAAAAACCUUCUCGGGAUUGGUGGCCCACAUGGGCAGCAGCGAGAGCAGCAGCAGCAGCAACAGCAGCCGCAGCAGCUCCAGCAGCAGCCGCUUGAGGAGGUGGAGGAGCAGCUCCAGCAACAGAAGCAUGCCCUGAGCUGGACUGCGGAUAGAUUGGCAGAAGCGCAGCGGCAGCUGCAGCAGCUGCAGAAGCAAGAGCAAGCACACACAAAACAGGUGUUUACGUCGAUCGAUGCUGAUCAGAAGCAGCAGCAGCAGCAGCAGCAGCAGCAAGCGCCUGUUACUGCUGCACCUAAGCAGUGGGCAGCCACAAUGGAGGAGUCGUGCAGGCAAGACAAACAAAAGAAGCAUCCGCAAGAGAAGCAGCAGCAGCCAGAGAAGCAGCAGCAGCAAGAUAAGCAGGAGAAGCAGCAACACCAAGACAAGCAGCAGCAGCAGCAGGAAAAGCUCCCGCAGGAGAAGAAGCAGCAACAGGAGAAGCAGCAGCCACAGCCAGAAAAGCAGCAACUGCCGCACGAUAGACAGCAGCAGCAGAAGCCUCCAGAGAAAGAUAGGCACCAGCAGGACAAGAAACAGCAGCAGCUGCAGCAACAGCAAGAGAAGCAGCAACAGCGCCAGGCGAAGCAGCAAGAGCAGCAGCAGCAGCGUCAGACGAAGCAGCAGGAGCAACAGCAACAGAAACAGGAGAAGCCGCAGCAUGCCCGAGAGAAGCAAGCAAGAGCACCUCAGGAAAAAACGGCCCUUACCAGCAGCAAGGCGAAAGCCCCGGCUGCUGCCGCUGCUGCUGGGGGUUCUACAGCGGAAGCAGCAAAGGGAGGAUGGGAAGUUGCAGGUCACAAGGGGCAGCGCAAGAAGGAGCAGCAAAAGCAGCAGCAGCAGCAAGAGAAGCAACAGCAGGAGGGUAGGCAGAUGGAGCCAGAGGCGAAGGCCCCAAAGCCACAGCCAGAGAAGCAGCAAGUGCAACAGCAGGGGAAGCGUGCGACUGCAGAAGGUGCAUCGGGGGAGCAGCCGCGGCGACCUGUUCUUGGGGGCCCGGCUCCGUGGGUAUCUGUUGCUGCUGCUGCAGCGAACCGGCCGAAUGUAACUCUGAAAGAAGUGAUGGAGUUGCAGAGCACCGAACAGUCGCGAGAGGCUGAAGAGAGAAGAAAGGAAGAGGAAGCUGCACUGAAGGCUCAACAGCAGCAGCAGGAAGCAGCUGCUGCGCGUCUGCGCUGGGCAACGCUGCAGCGGAAGGACAGCAAUGGACAAACCGUUCCAAGCUGGGGCACGCCGGCGGUCUUGGGCGUCCCUGGGGCCCCUUCUGUGGGUUCAUCAGAGGACUUUCCUGAUCUGCUUGAAGGAGCAACGAAUACGUUCAGCAGUGGGGCGGCAACCCCAUCCACCCUGACGCCUGCUGCUGCACCUGCUCCUGCUGCAACAGCACCAGCAGCAGGAUCCGCACCAGCUGCUGCCCCUGCUGCUGUUGUGAGAACUCCCUCUCUGGCUGGGGGCGCCGAGGCAGGAGCAAAUCCCACCGCCACACGCAAGGGGGGAUCCGGCACGAAGGGCAAGCUGAAGGGCAACACGCAAUCGCUUCAGGACUUUAUUGCUGCUGCGGCCCACAGCAAGAAAGACAAUACAGCUCUGCCUCUGGGCGCGACAGCGUGGUCUCAAGGGGCACCCAAGGGCCUGGCUGCUUCUGUACCCCCACCCACCCCCAUGCAGCAGCAGCAGCAGCAACAGCAGCAGCAGCAGCAGCAGCAAAUGCAGCAGCAAAUGCAGCAGCCGCUGCAGCGAACUGCUACUGGAGUUCCUGUGAAAAAGAACGUAGUGGCGGCGGCUAGGGGCCCGGGCGCCCCAUCUGCAGGAAGGGCGCCGGAUGCGGAUUUCCCCUCCAUUUCUGCAGGAGCUUCUGGAGCAACUGAGGAGGGACCGAAACGGGCCGCGGCACAGUUGCAGGAGUGGACCAGUCUCUUGGCCGAGUGCGAAUUGCCUCUGGACGUCCCAAUCCUGGAGUACUUAGCCACUAUUGAGAACCCGCUGGAAGUGGAGGAGUUUCUGCAGGAAAGUUUUCCCAGCCACAAAAAUUUGCGGCUUUUCGCCGAGAACUUCGUUUUGACGAAUGACAAAUACAAUAAGAGGCCCCAGGACGACAAGGGGGGGCCACAGAGUGUGUCGCAGCAACAAACUGGGAGGCGAUCCAGGGCAAAGGAAGAUCCCGCAAAAAGAAACCGCAGGGGCGCCCUGUAG